UUCGAGCUGACUGCAUCGCGUCGAACGUGCGCUCAUAAGGGUGCUCGUAGAUUUGCCUAGACAUUUGAGCACAACCGUGGGAGAGACGUCCACUAUAUAAAACAUGAUCCUUGACAGGGGAGACGUUGUCAUGGACCAGGAGUCUGAAGUCAUGAUGAGUCCCCUCAAUUUCCAGGCUUUCUACUGCAACUCUUCCCCGCUGCAUGAGCCCGCGGGCUUCAGCGUAGACCCACAUCCCUGGUCCCCAAAUUCCGACUCUGGAAGUACUUGGAACGGUGCAACAAGCCCAACUGAAUCCAGCAACAAUCCGAACAAUAUUAGUGGCAUACCUACAGGCGAGGGUUGUAUGGAGAGCGAGAGGCAGCCGCGGUAUCUCGGCGUCCGUGUGAAGAACACUGUCAAGGAGCUUAUUUUACAGAAGCGUUGUCAAGUGUCCUUGAGCUCGGUUAAUGACAACAAUCAGGUUUUUGAGAACUUUGAAACACGUGACCAUUGUCCAGCGCUGACCGCUGCACUUAUUGGCGUAAAGCGGCCUGCUAACCACGCACUACCGGACCUUAUCUGCCGCAAGAGACCGGCCCCUCUCUACAGCAGCCCACAGCAGAGCCCUUGCUCACUGGAUACUGCAGGCACCGAUGUGAAGGGGGAGGGGCAAGACUGUGACUUGCGCGUGGACAUCUCUGACAUCAUUGAGCAGAUAAGGCAGUGCGCCCCCGUUUCCAUAAAGACCGUGCAGGUGCAGGACACCCCAUCGCAGUUUGUGGGCCCCCCGUUGGGCCCCCCGUUGGGCCCCCCGUUCCCCGACUUCUUGCCGGAGGUUGUGACCCGCGGUCCGCCCCCGGCCCCUCUCCCCGCGCCCCCCAACGGGGGCGUGUCCUUCUUCCAUUGGCAGGUGGAGCAGGAGGAGGAGAGGCUGAGAGGGCUCUCACCCAAUCAGCUGGCGGCACGCGACGAAGACGGCGACACGUUCCUGCAUGUUGCCGUGGCGCAGGGUCGACGGGCUCUGUCCUAUGUGCUGAGCAGCAAGAUGGCCGCUCUGGGCCUGCUGGACCUGAAGGAGCACAAUGGCCAGACUGCCCUGCAGGUGAGCAUUGCAGCCAAUCAGCACCUGAUAGUGCAGGACCUGCUGAACAUGGGGGCGCAGAUCAACACCACUGACUGCUGGGGGCGCUCUCCGCUUCAUGUGUGCGCCGAGAAGGGCCACGCCCAAACUCUGCAGGCCAUCCAUAGAACCCUGCAGAACACCUCACAGCAGGUCCACAUAGAAGCAGUGAACUACGAGGGCCUUACAGCACUACACACUGCGGUGCUAUCCCACAAUGCCACAGUGCAGGAGCUGGGUGUGGCCCCGCCCCAGUCCGCCCGCACGCAGCUGCUGCUGCAGCGCAGGAAGGCUCUGGGGGAGUGUGUGAGCACGCUGCUGCUGAUGGGCGCCUCCUACAGGACCAAGGACCAUAAAAGCGGGCGCACCUCACUGCACAUGGCCGCAGAGGAAGCCAAUGUGGAGCUCUUGCGUCUCUUCCUGGACCAGCCCGAUUCGCUGGCCGUCGUUAACGCCAAGGCGUACAGCGGGAACACGGCCCUGCACCUGGUGAGCGGCCUGCAGGGACGCGUGGCCCAGGCCGACGCCGUGAGGCUGCUGAUGCGCCGCGGGGCCGACCCCAGCAUCAAGAACCUGGAGAACGAGCAGCCCGCCCAGCUGGUGCCUGAGGGACCCAUGGGGGAGCUGGUGCGGCGUAUCCUGAAGGGAAGAGGAGGGCAAGCCCGGUCCGGCCCGUUCUGAGGCCCGCAGCGCGACCGUUUAGACCCACUGUCAGUUAGGCAGUCAGAUCUUUUGUAAAUACUCAUUUGCCGGUAUGAGGCAAAUGGCAGUUGUUUCUAUGAAACAAAAUCUCAAU